AUGGCAUCAAGAUCCGGCGUCUUCUUCUCCACCAACAUCAGCGUCCAGAUGCAGGCUGCCGCCGAUUUCUCCUUCACCUUCGCAACCCAAGCUCAAGGUCUGAGGAAGGAGUACUCCAAUUACCGGGUGCAGUCGAGCUUCAACCGCUCAGUGCGCCCCCACCGCCGCGACGAGGAGGUCGAUCAACCAGAUCUUCGUGCCCGCCUCGACCGUCGCGAUCUUCGACCCCACAUCAACAACCGUCAUCGUGAACGGGGCGAUGCCGAGCGGGAGCGCCGCCGCCGCUAUGAUGAGGAACACGGCGCACCCAGCGCCAACUGCAACAAUUGCGAGCGUCAACCUCGCGGCAAUGACUACAACCAGACGGAUGACCUCGACGGCUUCUCCGCCUUCUCCGACAGGUUGCGAGCCAUCCAGUGGCCCGCGACCUUCAAACUGGUCGGCAUCGAGAAGUUCGAUGGCGAAUCCGACCCCAAGACAUGGUUGCGUACCUACGCCAUCGCCGUUCGAGCUGCCAACAGCAACAACAACAUCAUGGCGGUGUACUUCCCCGUGAUGAUGACCCGCCAAGCGCUCAACUGGCUGGAAUCCCUUCCUGCCGGCUCGAUCAACAGCUGGCAGGAUCUCUGCACCGCCUUCGUCCAGUACUACCAGGCAGCCUGCCCGGGUCCCAAAAUCAGAUGGGAUCUGGGCAACGUCACGCAGCUUCCCUCCGAGUCCCUACGUGACUAUAUCAAGAGGUACUUUGCUAACCGUAACACGAUUACGGAAGUUGAUGAUAGGGACGUGAUCUACCACUUCCACCAAGGCCUCCAUAGCAUCGAACUAUGGAGGAAGAUGUUCGGGAACAACCCCAAAACCGUCUCCGACAUGAUGGCCGCCGUCAACAAGCAUGCCGACAUGGAGGAUGCUGAGCGUGCACAUCGUCGCCAUAAGGACCGCCGCGACCCCGUCGAUCGUCCUCGCCAAAGGGGCGAUGACUCGGCACGUCCAGGCGGUGAUCGUCCUCCACGACAUGGCAAGAACCGCGAUAGCGCUGAGUCGUCCAAGGCUCGCGAGCGCAAGCGUGGCCCCAACAACACCGUCGUCGUCGCUGAUCGACCCCAGCAACGCACCUCCCUUGACCAGGAGAAGCUCGAUAGGCUCCUUGACGCCAAGUGCCCCUGGCACAAGGACGCCAACCACACGGCAUGCAAGUGCCGCACCCUCUCCAACAGCAUCGCCCCAGAAGAGCCCAAGCGACCCAGGCUUGACGACCGCAAUAGGGCGGGUAGUUCCAGAAACUCUCGUGGCCGCGGCCGCAGAAACUGCUCGCCCAGGCGAGAUGAGGACAACGAACAAGGCAACAGAUCACCCGACACCUUCCAGGAGGAGCAACGGGUGGUCAACAUCAUCUUCGGAGAUUCCAGCGCUCCGCACCCGGUUGAGCCUCUCCUCUGGUUGGAGAUCCCGAUCACCUUCGAUCGACGUGAUCAUUGGGUACAUCUACCCAGGCCGGGUGCUUACCCCCUCGUGGUGAACCCGGUGAUCCGCCAGAUCCGUCUGACUAGGGUGUUGAUCGACGGUGGAAGCGACCUCAACAUCAUUUUCGCCAAGACUCUUGAAGACAUGGGCUUUGACAUGACCAAGCUGGUCCCCUCGGAUCAGGCCUUCUACGGCAUCAUCCCGGGUGCCGGCUCGACUCCGGUCGGCAAGGUCACCCUCCCGGUCACCUUCGGCACUCGGGACAACUAUCGCACGGAGUCCAUCAUCUUCGAGGUGGCGCCGCUCGAGACCUCCUACCACGCCAUACUUGGGAGACCAGCCCUCGCCAAGUUCAUGGCGAUCCCCAACCACACGUAUCUUUUCCUGAAGAUGCCGGCUCCAAAUGGAGUCCUUUCCAUCCGCGGCGACAUCUAG